CCUAACUUGAUAUCCCUUCAGAUCGUUCAAAACUCCGCUCAACCUACCUGCCCUUAACGCACAAGAACAACGUCACAUCUUGAAGCUCAAUUUGAUACCCAUUCUGUAGUGUGUCGUCAAUAUGCCUCGUGAGAUUAUCUCGAUCCAAACUGGACAGUGUGGUAACCAAAUCGGUUCAAAAUUCUGGGAAGUCAUCAGCGAUGAGCAUUGCAUACUUCCCAACGGUCAAUAUAACGGAGAUACCGAUCUCCAGCUUGAGCGCAUCAGUGUGUACUUUAACGAAGCUAAUGGUGGAAGAUAUGUGCCAAGGUCUGUCAUGGUCGACCUUGAACCAGGCACCAUGGAUUCAGCCCGGGCAGGUCCGUUUGGAGAACUAUUUCGUCCAGACAACUUUGUGUUUGGUCAAUCUGGAGCUGGGAAUAACUGGGCGAAAGGUUAUUACACGGAAGGAGCAGAAUUGGUGGAAUCCGUGCUUGACAUUGUACGGAAGGAAUCGGAGGGAUGUGACUCUUUGCAAGGAUUCCAAAUGGUCCAUUCUCUUGGAGGUGGAACGGGCUCUGGACUGGGUUCCUUAUUGGUAUCAAAGAUUCGUGAAGAGUACCCUGAUCGAAUGAUGUGCACGUUUUCCGUGGUGCCUUCGCCCAAGGUUUCGGACACAGUUGUAGAGCCAUAUAAUGCGACCUUGUCCGUUCACCAACUCGUCGAAAAUUCAGAUCUCACCUUCUGCAUCGACAAUGAGGCCCUCUAUGACAUUUGUCUUCGCACUCUGAAGAUCACUGCGCCCAAUUAUGGUGACUUGAAUCAUCUGGUCUCUGCAGUUAUGUCCGGCAUAACGACCUGUCUUCGCUUUCCUGGUCAGCUCAAUGCAGAUCUUCGCAAACUGGCCGUAAACAUGGUGCCAUUUCCUCGCUUACACUUCUUCACCGUCGGUUUUGCCCCUCUGACUGCACGAGGUUCUCAAGCCUUCAGGGCGCUCACAGUCCCUGAGCUCACCGCACAAUUAUUUGAUGCAAAGAACAUGAUGGCGGCUUGCGAUCCUCGUCAUGGAAGGUAUCUGACAGUUUCCACGAUUUUCAGGGGAAAAGUUAGUACCAAGGAAGUGGAGCAACAAAUGUACAACAUGCAGAGCCGAAACAGCAGCUACUUUGUCGAAUGGAUUCCAAACAACAUCAAGACAGCAAUCUGUGAUAUUCCACCACGAGGAAUGAAAAUGUCUGCAACCUUCAUUGGAAACACCACUUCCAUUCAGGAACUCUUCAAACGGAUCCACACACAAUUCAGCGCCAUGUUCAAGCGGAAAGCGUUCUUGCAUUGGUACACUGGCGAAGGGAUGGACGAAAUGGAGUUUACAGAAGCGGAAAGCAACAUGGCGGACCUCGUUUCAGAAUAUCAGCAAUAUCAAGAUGCGGCUGCUGAAGAAGACGGUGAAGACUUGGAGACAGAUGAGACCUUGGAUGAUAUUGCAAUGAACGCUGCGGAAAAGAAACUUGCUACUCGUUCUUCCAUAGUUGCCCCUAUCCCCUCAGAAUACUAAUAACACAUGAUAGACGUAGUCAUGUCACCUAGUUACUCGCAGCUUACUUUAGACAGAAAUAAGAGCUGAGAAGUAAUUAGACAGCAUUAUAGGAGUAUUAACUCCUUCUUUUUCUCUUUCCGCCUAAUGCUGUUUGUUAGGUAUAAGAAACAAAUACACAUUUAUGCCAACUAGAA